AUGUUCUCCAUGGUGAGCGACAGCGCCAUCCGGCAGCUGGUAGAUACGUCCCUCCCGCCCGACACUCCGCCCGAGCUCACCCUCCUCACCUUGGUAGCGACGACCACGCUCUCUCUGUCCGUCCUGCUGCACCUGUGUCAGCUGCUAGCCAAGGGCUACCGCCCAUUCAUCAACGCCGUCGCCUUCAGCCUGCUCACCGCCGUAGCUCUCUUCCCUGUUAUCAUGGACCAGCGGCUGGCAAUUAUGACGAGCAAAACCUUCCUGUUCCUCCUGUUCCCCCUCUCCUUGAUAUGCCACGGGUUCAUCCGCUUCUACGGCAUGCUUGUCGUCUAUGGCGGGCGGGACAAUGCUGCCAUGGUUAUUGUAAUGAUCCUGGUAGGUCUCGCCAUGCACUACGACGUUGUCGAGCUGCUCGUCAAGGUAGUCUUGACUCCGGUGGCAUUCUAUGUAGGUUGGCUCUUGGCAGGGUCCUUCGAUCCGUUGGAGAGCUACCGCCCAGUCAACGGCGCUAUGUUCGCCCCCUUUACCGUUCUGACGCCGGAUGAGGACUUGUUCGAGGAUGUUUCGUCAGGGGCUUCGUCUUCGGACGAUGCUUCGUCUAACAACGCGGAUUCGGUCUUUGAUCAUGAGUAG